GUGUCAGUAAUGAAGAAUUUUAAACGAGCACCACCGCCGCCGCCGCCGUCGGCGGCGACGCUAGGUCCUAAACCGUCAAAGCAUGUGGUGCAUAUAGGUGGUAUUCCGGUGGAGUUUCCUUACCAACCAUACGGGACACAGUUAGCUUUCAUGAAUCGAGUCAUUGUGACACUUGAUCGAGCACAUAGGGAUGGACAUUCUCAUGCGCUGCUUGAGUCUCCUACCGGUACUGGAAAGUCGCUUUCCCUUCUUUGCUCGACUCUUGCUUGGCAGCAGAACUGCAAGUCGAAGAAUCGUUAUUCUAAUUUUACUCACUCUAAACCCGAUCCGCAAGCCCUAGCUGAUCCUAUUGGUCACGGCGGCGGAUUUAUUCCUGAAACGCAGCCCUCAGGCAACCAGGACACAGCGCCACCUGCUGCAAGUAAUGGGACGAAAAAGAAAAAAGCGGCACCAACCAUCUUUUAUGCCUCGAGGACACAUUCACAAAUUUCUCAAGUGAUUCGGGAAUACAGAAAGACAAGUUAUCGGGUGCCAAUGGCUAUACUGGCUUCACGAAAACACUACUGUACAAAUGUGAAUGUACGAGGUGCAGACAACAUUGAUGAAAAAUGUAAGUUGUUAUUAAAGGAUCAGGAGGCUGGAUGCUCAGAAUUCAAAAAUACUCAUAAAGUAAAAGGUCAUCCAUCCAUUCAGAAAGGAGGGUGCCACGAGGCUCAUGAUAUUGAAGAUCUUGUUAAAGUUGGACAAAUUGUCAAAGGCUGUUCUUACUUUGGCUCACGUUCCAUGGCUGAUGAUGCGGAGUUAGUGUUCUGUCCAUACAACUAUAUCAUCAAUCCAGUUGUUAGAAGAGCAAUGGAAGUAGUUAUAAAAGGAGCCAUCAUUAUUCUCGAUGAAGCCCACAAUAUAGAAGACAUUUGUCGUGAUGCUGGUAGUGUUGAUGUUGAGGAGGAUAUUUUGCUUCAGUUGCAGAUGGAACUGGAGCAACUCAUACAAUCUGAUACAAUGAUUUACCAACCUUUGGUAGAAAUGACACAGGACAUAAGGAGUUGGAUUUCUAGGAAGAAAAAUACUUUAGAAAAGCACGGCUUCCAACACUAUGCCUCAUGUUGGACUGGUGACAAGGCCUUGAAAGAGCUACAAGAAGCCAAUGUGACAAAGCAAUGCUUUCCAAUUUUACAGGAUUGUGCCUCGAAGGCCAUCAGAGCUGCCUCUGAAGCUGAGCCAGGGACAGAUCAUUUGAGUGGCAUGGCAGCAUCUGUAUUAGAAGGACUAGUCUCCUCACUUAGUUACUUCUUCUCGGGAGAUGGGCUUCAUGUGUGUGAUUAUCAGCUAGCUUUACAACGCUAUGUCAAGAAAAGUCCUGGAACUGCUGUUGGUAGCUGGACACAGACUUUUAGUUUGUGGUGCCUAAAUCCAGCCGUUGUGUUCAGAGAAAUUGCUGAUUCUUGUCUAUCAGUGAUCCUAACAUCAGGGACUCUAUCACCAAUGGAUUCAUUUUCCUCUGAACUUGGUGUUACUUUUGGUACUUCUUUGGAAGCUCCACAUGUUAUAGACGUUGAAUCACAGUUAUGGGCUGCUGUAAUCUCGAGAGGACCAAGAAAUUAUCCGUUGAAUGCAAGUUUCAAAACAGCUGAUUCAUAUGCUUUUCAGGAUGCACUUGGCACAUCUUUGGAGGAAAUAUGCAAGAUUGUUCCAGGUGGUUGUCUAGCAUUUUUUCCUAGCUAUAAGCUGAUGGACAAACUAAGCAGUCGCUGGAAAGAAACAGGUCAAUGGGCCCGACUUAAUGCUCGAAAGCCCAUUUUCACUGAGCCAAGAGGAGGUCAAGAAGAAUUUGAAUCAGUUUUGAAGGGUUACUACAGUUCUAUUAACCAAAGGGAGAAACUAGUGAUGGGAAGAAAGAAAAAGGCAAAAGGGUCAGCUCUUAGUGACGGUACUCCACUUGAAGUUUCAAAUGAAAACAAGAAAGAGGGAGCUGCUUUUCUUGCUGUUUGUCGAGGAAAGGUUUCUGAAGGCAUAGACUUUUCUGACGAGAAGGCUCGUGUAGUUAUAAUUGUUGGGAUUCCCUUUCCAAACAUAAAUGAUAUGAAAGUCGAUCUUAAGAAGAAGUUCAACAAUACUUAUAAGUCAUCCAAAAAUCUUCUGAGUGGGAGUGAGUGGUAUUGUAAUCAAGCCUUCAGAGCUCUUAACCAGGCUACAGGUCGUUGCAUUCGCCACAGAUUUGACUAUGGAGCUGUGAUCUUUUUAGAUGAACGUUUCUGUGAGGCAAGGAAUAGAGCUUAUAUUUCAAAGUGGUUGCGGAAUUCAAUAAGACACCACAGCAGCUUUGACAAGUCAAUGGAAGAGCUGAAAUCCUUUUUCAGAGAUGUCAAAGAGCGUGUUGGCAAGGCAGCCAGUUCCAUACAAAGUUCUGUUGUUGAUGUUGAAGAAAAUGCUUUUGUUACCAAGAGUAUAAGAAUCAGGCAGAAAUACCAGGAGUUCAGCACUUCUGAUGUGAAAGGGCUUAAGGAGGAAGAAAAUGGUGCAUUGAUUUGUCAAAAAGCUCCGCUCCUAUGUCAAUCUUCAUGUAUUGAUACCAUGUAUAAUACAUCCUCCACUAAAAUGAGAAUUGAUGCCCCUCAUUUGAUGUUAAGUGAUGAUGAUGAUUCUGAUGGUCGCAGAGGUUACAUUGAUUUGGAAUGUGAUUCAGCAUUUUCAUCUAGGUUCUCCGGAGAUCCAUUGAUAGUUUCACACGCUGCUGACCCUCAAUUAACUAUUGUAAAAGAAACUCCUGCUACUGAUGACAUUAUUCACAUUUCUAGUCCUCAAUCCUUCUCCAAGGAUGAAUAUUCUUCCUCCACCAUCAUUCAAGCAUCUAGUGACCUUUCAGACCACUUGGCAAAUCAUCCUACAACUCAACAAAAAACUGAGUUGGGUUGUAAUUCUCCCUGUUUGACGAUUACUCCUCAAAAAGAUGUCUAUACAAAAGCAAACAUGAUAUCAUUUGAUGUUGAAUCGCCAAUUAGCUCGAGCGUCAAUUCUCAUGUCGGGAAAAGGAUAAAACGUCUGGAUUUGUCAUCCAUAGUUCAUCUUGAUGCAGAAGAAUUUGAUACUCAGAUGACCAAGAUUCCUAUGCAUGAUAGUUCUACAUGUAGAUCAAGGAAGAUUAAAGAUGCAAACCAGAUGAUUGAUUCUAGUUCCAGAAUUAGUCAGUUAGACAGGGAACUGGAGAAGUCCAAAUCUCCUUGGUCAUCAGUCCUGAAUAACUGUGAGACAUCAGUCGUGCAGUCUAAUCUUGCUAUGUACGAAAGACUACAGAUAUUUUGCUCACUUUGCAACAAUCCACUAGGGCUUCCUCAGAAUAAUUUAUUUGUUAUGUGCUCACGAACUUUGUCCACAAAAACUCACUUAAAAUCUCUUUGGAAAGGUCAACCAGAAACCCCUGAUCCGAGCAGACAUAGUAUACCUAUUCUCAUAGCUAACUUUUCGUCUGUUGAUCAACACAUCUAUGAAACAACCAGUGACAAUUUAUCUGUUCAGGGGAUUUGGUGCAAAGAAGAUGGCUGUGUUUUCAAAACUAUUUUCUGUCCCUUCUGUGUAAAUUCCAGACAUUGUCUUGGUGUACAGGUCAUGGCUUCUGAUGCGUCUAAUGUCCAGUUACUAAAUAAGGUGCUGCUUUAUUGUGAUUGCUUGGUGAUAAAGGAGCCUGAAGCAUCAAGAAAGGAAUUAUCUCCAUCCAACAAUUCAAGCUCUGACAGAGGUCUUAAUUCCAUUGAGAGUUUCACAUUUACUCCUGAACAGCAGAACCUUGGAGGAUGGAGAACUACAAAAUCCAAGAUGCGAUUACCAAAGAGGAGCAUCUCAUCUAGUGCACAUAGGUGAUGCAGAACGAUUUUUGGAGUUCACCAAAUAGAUG